AUGCUGCCCGCCGCGACCGACGACAUCAUCUACGGCGGCGACGGUGGACGAGGAGCCGACUCGAGCGACAGCGGCAGCGCCACGCCCAAGUGGACCUACGGCGUCGUCGUCGUGCUCGUCGUACUCGGCCUGGGCGCAAUCGGGCUCGCGCUGGCGGUCGUGUGGAGGAAACGGCGAGCACGAGCGUUCCAGCGCAUCCGAGCCGACCCGGACGACAACGAGCAAGCCCGCGACCGCGCCUUCUCCUCCGCCUACCCUCCCUCGACGUUCGUCUUCGUCAACUCGCCAGCGCGCUCAGCCACCUACGACGAGCUGCGACACCUGCCCACCAUUCCCUACGCCACCGCAGACGAGCCCGCCUCCCCGGGCUACUCGUCGACCAUCCCGCAGGGCCACUCGGCCGGCAGCGCGCUUCCCUCCAUCGACCGCCCCGCGACCGUCUCGCUCCGCGCGCCCGACUCGCCGACCCCAUACCGCAACACUCGUCGAGGAGCGGGCUUGACGCUCGAGCCGCAGUCGCUCGUGUCGGCGGCGGAGGAGGCGGCGCAGGACGGCAGCUCCGGGCUCGCGCAGGUUCCCGAGCGGGCGCCUUCCCUCCCACCGCCGCCGUACAGCCCGAGCGUCAUCGGCGUCGGAGUGUGUCUGAGCCCUCGUCGAGCGGAGGGGUGA